AUGGCCAAACGCAUCAUAUUUAUGAGCUUGAUUCUCACCUUAUUCUGUUCUGGCUUGGCAUUAGAGAUUAGCCCUUUGCAAGACUUUUGUGUCGCUGAUACUAGUAGCGCAGUUAGGUUAAAUGGUCUGACAUGCAAGAAUCCUGUGCUAGUAGAAGCCAAUGAUUUCUAUUAUGGUGGUUUGAAUCUACCUGGCAACAAAACCACUCAAUCUGGUACUAGGGUCACUUCAGUCAACGUAGCUCAAAUUCCUGGACUGAAUACUCUUGGCAUCUCAAUGGCUCGAAUCGACUAUAUACCUGGUGGAGUUAACCCUCCACAUAUUCAUCCUAGAGCCACUGAAAUUCUAGUUGUCCUUGAAGGUUCAUUACAUGUUGGAUUUGUCACCUCCAACCCUGAGAAUCGAUUAAUCUCAACAGUAAUACAUAUGGGGGAUGUGUUUGUUUUUCCAGUGGGACUUGUUCACUUCCAGAGAAAUGUGGGAUAUGGAAAUGCUAUUGCACUUCUUGCAUUGAGCAGCCAGAAUCCAGGUUUGAUAAGCAUUGAAAAUGCUGAGCAAAUCCUACCAGAGCAAGUGAAGUUCAUACCAAGGCAUUCUAAGUAG